AUGGACCUUGGGUGUAGCAGCACUAAUGCCAAUGGUGAUGAUGAAGCAGGCCCCUCUAGUGCAGAUGGUGGUGAUUCAGACAUGAUUUUUCGUAGUGUAGCUCAGCAGGAAGAUGCUGAGGCGGCAGUCGACAUAAUGACAAGUAUGGUUAUUGCUUUAUCCUAUAAAACUGUUGUUUUAUUUGAUUCAGGUGCCACCCAUUCGUUUGUGUCAUUGGGAUAUGUUAAGACAACUAGAGUUGAGACACAAUUGCUAGAUAUUGAUUUGUUAAUAGUCACAUUAACUGGAUUAGUAGUGAUAUGUGAAAGGUUUGUGUCAGCUAUUCAGGUCAAAAGACUACUUCAGAAUGGUUGCCAGGGGUAUGUGGCUUAUAUUAAAGAGAUAUUAGAGAAAGAAUUGAAAGUUACUGAUAUUCUAGUAGUUAUAGAAUUUUCAGAUGUACUUCCAAAAGAGUUACCUGGCUUACCACCAGAUCAGGAGAUUGAAUUUGCUGUGGAUUUACUUCCAAGAAUAACACCGAUAUCUAAAACCCUACAGGACGGCCCCAGUUGA